UUGUUCCCCAAACAGCACACGAGAAAAGUCUGUGAACAGCCGUAUGUGGAGAGCAGGGUGAAGGGCGAGACCCGAAACGCGAGUAGAACUCUGUCCGGAGUACGGAGCACGGAGCACAGAGGAGGAGGAGGAGCAGUCAGGAGCAGUGGAUGUGGCAAAGAAGUCGUCACCAUUCGGUCGUCAAACCAAAGUCGGUCCCGCAAGGCACCCGCCUCAGCAGCGGGCCAUCAGGAGGAUCGGAGGAGCUACCAUCACCAGCAGCGGAGAGGAACGGGUGAGCUGGAGCAGCGUAGCCAUCUCAUGCACGGCCGCGAUCCCCGCCAGCAGCAGCCGGAGCCACUGAACAACCUCAACGCCAAUGGCCGUUACCACAAUCAUCAUCGCGCGGUGGCCGGCUCCAAUGUGGUGGACACGGGUGCUACCUACCGGAUGGCCAGGCAAACGCGCAACCUGAACAUCAAUGUGCCCACCUUCGUCUCCUCGGCACAACAGCAGCAGCAGCAUCGUGUUCCCUCGCAGGGAUUGGCUGCUGUGCAUCGGCGGGCUUACCACUUGACCGCCGGAGCUGCACGAGUGCGGGCGGAGAUCAGAACUAGUAUGGAUAAUCAGCCGUCUACGUCUGCAUCUAUCCGGACGCCAUCGCCACCGCCCAUUUCCGUGCCACCUCCAGUUCCCGCCGCUCCUGCUGCCGUUAAAACUCCAUCUAAUCCUACCCCUUCAACCUCGCAAGCCGCCGCUCAAGUGAUCGUCGAGAAUAUAGGAGCGCGGAUUAAGGAAAUCGCACGAAAAUAUCCGCUCUGGGUGCCCGAUUACAAGCGGAGGGCCUUCAAUGCCUCUAUGGACGAGAAGUACGUGGAGACCAUUUGGGCGAGCCUGAAGAAUGCUAUCCAGGAGAUACAGAAGAAGAACAACUCGGGGCUGUCGUUCGAGCAGCUCUACCGGAAUGCGUACAACAUGGUGCUGCACAAGCAUGGCAACCGGCUGUACUACGGGCUGCGGGAGGUCGUCUCGGAGCAUCUGGAGCACAAGGUGCGGGCGGAUGUGUUGGAGGCGCUGCACAGCAACUUUCUGCCCAAGCUAAAUCAGGCCUGGACGGACCAUCAGACCUCGAUGGUGAUGAUACGCGACAUACUCAUGUACAUGGACAGGGUCUAUGUGCAGCAGCGUGAGGUGGACAAUGUGUACAAUCUGGGAUUGAUUUUGUUCAGAGAUCAGGUGGUUCGCUAUUCAGAGAUCCAGAAGGCUCUGCGUGAGAAAUUGCUGGGCAUGGUGAUGGAGGAGCGACAUGGCGAGGCCAUCAACCAUCUGGCCAUAAAGAACGCUUGCAGCAUGCUAAUCACACUUGGGAUUAACUCGCGCACCGUCUACGAGGAGGACUUUGAGAAGCCUUUCCUUGCGCAGUCGGCGGCCUUUUACAAAUUCGAGUCGCAGAACUUUCUUGCCGAGAACAACGCUGGCGUUUACAUCAAGAAAGUGGAGGCGCGCAUCACGGAGGAGUCCUCGCGGGCAGCGCUCUAUUUGGACAAGGACACGGAGCCGCGCAUUGUGCGCGUUGUGGAGGAGGAGCUGAUCAAGAAGCACAUGCGACCCAUUGUCGAGAUGGAGAACUCGGGCGUGGUGUACAUGAUCAAGAAUUCAAAGACCGAGGACCUGGCCUGCACAUACAAGCUAUUCUCGCGCCUGAAGGAGGAGGGUUUGAAGGUGAUAGCGGACACCAUGUCGGCAUAUCUGCGCGAGCAGGGACGCAUGUUGGUCAAGGAGGAGGAAAACGGCAACACGAAUCCCAUAACAUUCGUGCAGAACUUGCUGGAUCUCAAGGAUCGCUUCGACCAGUUCCUGGUGCACUCGUUUGCGAACGAUCGCAUAUUCAAGAACGUCAUCUCGUCCGAUUUUGAGCACUUCUUGAAUCUGAACAACAAAUCGCCGGAGUAUCUAUCGCUAUUCAUCGAUGACAAACUCAAGAAGGGCGGCAAGGGAAUGAGCGAGCAGGAAAUCGAGUCCAUUUUGGAUAAGACAAUGGUGCUCUUCCGUUUUCUGUUGGAGAAAGAUGUCUUUGAGCGCUAUUACAAGACGCAUUUAGCCAAGAGAUUGCUGCUAAACAAAUCAGUCUCUGAUGAUUUCGAGAAGAACAUGAUAUCCAAACUAAAGACUGAAUGCGGCUGUCAAUUCACCUCGAAGCUAGAGGGCAUGUUUAAAGACAUGUCGGUCUCCAAUACGAUCAUGGAUGAGUUCAAGAACUAUGUAAAUAAUAACAAUUUAUCCCUGGGCGGUGUGGAGUUAACGGUUCGCAUACUAACCACUGGCUUCUGGCCCACACAGACAGCAACUCCCAACUGCAAUAUACCCGCCGCACCUCGCGAAGCCUUUGACAUUUUCAAGAACUUUUAUCUAAAUAAGCACUCAGGACGUCAGCUGACGUUACAGCCACAAAUGGGAACUGCCUAUAUCAACGCUGUGUUUUAUGGCCGCAAAGCAGCCGAAAGUGAAAAGGAUAAGGAUGCACCCAGCUCCAGUUCAAACGGAUGUGCAGUGCCCACCACCACACGCAAGCACAUUCUGCAAGUGUCCACCUACCAGAUGUGCGUGCUGCUGCUUUUCAACAACCGCGACGUGCUCACCUAUGAUGACAUCCACCAGGAGACGGACAUCCCAGAACGAGAGCUGGUCCGAGCUCUGCAAUCGCUGUCCAUGGGCAAACCCGCUCAGCGAUUGCUAGUGCGCAAUUCUAAGACGAAAACCAAGGACAUUGAGCCCACGGAUGAGUUUUAUGUGAACGAUGCCUUUGUCUCCAAGUUCCACAGGGUAAAGAUCCAAACGGUGGCCGCCAAGGGCGAAUCGGAGCCAGAGCGCAAGGAGACGCGCGGCAAGGUCGACGAGGAUCGUAAGCAUGAGAUCGAGGCGGCCAUUGUGCGCAUCAUGAAGGCGCGCAAGCGCAUGGCUCAUAACUUGCUAGUAUCGGACGUGACGUCGCAGCUGAAGUCGCGUUUCUUGCCCUCGCCCGUUUUCAUCAAGAAGCGCAUCGAGGGCCUCAUCGAGCGCGAGUAUCUGCAACGAUCGCCCGAGGAUCGCAAAGUUUACAACUACUUGGCCUAAGCGAUUCAAGCGGAGCAGCGCAAGAGCAGCAAGAUUACACUCAUCUUCAAAUCGCCAGGGCUAGUUACACACUGAAAACAAAAAUCCGCAGCUCUGACAGCAUGCGCGCUGAGCACUCGAGCAGCAUUGAUAUUUUUGACCACGAUUAUAGAUGACCGCCAGCCAAAAUAACCCGAAUGCAUAAAAAUAUUAUCAAUUAGUGCGCCCCGAAUUGUGAAAAUUGCGUUUCGCAAAAAACCCAUUUUGUAAGCCUGACAUUCAAAAUUGAACAGUUUAAAAUGCUACUGGAUAAGGCACCACCAUAAUUAUUAUCCCUCUAAUAUAAUUCUCGAUAUUCUCUAACUACUGUUUAUGGUCAUUUCUUUGCGCAUAACAAGUGUAUAGCAGUAAGCCCGAACCCAACCCACACACAACCCACGCACCACCCCAUUCAGAGCCACAAUUACACCACCCACAUCCACACUCACCCACAAGAAUCGUACGUAAAGCAAGAUAAGAGAAAUAAUGCAUAAUGCAAGCCCUAAUUGUAAGCAGCUGAGUAUAAAAUGGUAAAGAAGCAACAACAGAAAUCUAAGCAAAAAGGAAUAUUAAUAACUAUAAAUAUAGCUAAAGUAAUAAAUUUAUAAAUGAAUUAUUAA